AUGUCACAGAUGAAGCAGCCCAUGCUGUCAACUGUGCAUGCCAUUUUCUGCAGCCUUCAAGACCAUGUGCAGGAUAUCUUGCAUGAUCUCCUGGACACAAUAUUGCAGCACCUCAAGGAUGGGCUUGUUUCAGCUCAUCAGAAGCUUAGUGAGUACUACUACAAGUUGGACAAGUCGCCUUUCUACACCUGGGCUGUGAUUCUCAAUCCCCAUAUCAUGUAUGAAGGCCUCAAGCUCGAUUUUGCUGAUGAACAGGAGCUACUCUCACACCUUGACAAUACCAAGACUUUGACAUCUGCAAGCCUGUUCAGUGGUGGGUCAGAUAUCAAUGUAUGA